AUGACCGAUCCUCGAACAUGGCUCCGGGGCCUCACCCCCUACUUCAUCUACACCCUCUUCGUGGCAACCCUCGGCCCCUUACUCUUCGGUUUUCACCUGGCAGAACUCAACGCUCCUGAAGAUGUCAUCCGCUGCAAGAAAGGGUCGAUCCGAGCGGCUGCUGCCGGCCUCCCACAAUGUAUCCCCAUGACCCCCACCGAAUGGGGCGUAGUCGGGUCCACGUAUACGCUUGGGGGACUUAUCGGCGCGCUCUCCGCCGGUCCUCUCGCAGGACGCUAUGGACGGAGGAGGACGAUGCUGCUCACGACGCUGUUCUUCUCGCUGGGCCCCAUCUUCGAGGCUCUAACUUUCAACAUCUCCGUCAUGGCAGUAGGGAGGUUGAUAUCUGGUCUGGGCGCAGGAGGAUCAGUCGUCGUUGUGCCCAUCUACAUUUCGGAGAUUGCGCCGCCUGCGGAGAAAGGCUUCUUUGGGACCUUUACACAGAUUAUGUGUAAUGUUGGCAUUCUGCUCACGCAAUUGCUGGGCUACUUUUUGAGUCGGGGUCAGUCUUGGAGGAUCAUUUUGGCCGUCGGAGGCGCGAUUGGUGUAGUACAGGGCCUGGGGUUGUUGUUGACGGUUGAGAGUCCGAAAUACGUGGCAGACCAUGGGGAUCCCGUCCAAGCCAAGAGGAUUCUUAGGAAGAUCAGGGGUAGCAAUUACGACGUCGAUGAGGAAAUGAGUGCUUGGGGUGUGGCGGGCACAGACGAUCCCGUUGGCGAAGAGCAGGCCCUGUUGCGAGAGGAAGACGGCACGCAACUUCGGACCGAACCCUCAGCAUCGAAACGGGGCUCCAACCAUGAGGCCACGUUGAGCAUCAUGCAGGUGCUUCGUCAUCCAGAUCAUUACAGGGCCGUCAUUGCCGUAAUCAUGAUCAUGCUUGCCCAGCAACUCAGCGGCAUCAACAGCAUCGUCAUGUACGGCGUCUCCCUCCUUGCCACCCUUCUGAAAUCCAACUCGGCCCUCCUCAACCUUGCCGUCUCAGCCCUCAACAUCAUCGUCACUGCCGCCGGAGCACCCCUUGUCGAACGUCUUGGCCGAAAGACAUGUCUUCUCAACUCCCUUGCUGGCAUGGGAAUCAGCUCGCUGCUCCUCGCCAUCGGCAUCACCAGAUCUAUUAGUAUUCUCUCUGCAGUCGCCGUGCUACUAUUUGUAGCCAGCUUCGGACUUGGUCUGGGGCCGAUCCCAUUCAUCCUGUCGAGCGAAUUGGUAGGGUCAGAGGCUGUAGGGUCCACCCAGAGUAUUGCAUUAGCCGCAAACUGGAUCGCGACGUUUCUCGUUGCUCAAUUUUUCCCCUUGGCCAGUGCGGCGCUCCAUGGGAACGUAUAUUUCAUUUUUGCGGCGCUGUCUGCAUUCUUCUUCCUCUUCAUUGGAUGGUAUGUCCCAGAGACGAAAGGCAAGAAGAAUGCGGAUGAGGUCUGGGGCAGAGAACGCCUUCCUCCCCUCCAAUCCCCCCAACCAUUCCGGUCCCCUCGGUCUGACCACUUCAACUUCUCGGAUCAGAGCCUCUCCUCAGAGUCUCAAUCGAGAUUGCUACCCGCCGGCACCGGUCAUAUCCCAGCGCCAAUCGCGUCCCAACCGUCCCACGUCGGCCCUCCCCCCUCCAUCAUCUCCCCAGCCUUCACACCCCCCGCGACCCCCGGCACCUCGACACCCUCUCACCCGCGGCCUCCCCGCUCCGUCCCCGUAGAUACCUCGCUAUCACCAGAAACCCCGCGACCCGAACUCCUCGAGACCCUUCCCGUCGUAGAAUGCGAAGUCCGCGCGCGCAUCCCCACCACCACCGGCCACGAGAUGUGGCUGCACGUGUACCGCAACAACGUCGACACCAAGGAGCAUCUCGCGAUCGUAUUCGGGAACCAGAUCCGCUCGCGGAGUCUGGAUGCAGAGCGCCCGGGGGAGACGGAGCUGGAUCGCAUGACGAGGGGCGCGUACGUGGGGAGAUUAUAUCCCGGCCGGACGAGUUCGCGCGUCGAGCAGAUUAAGCGGGCGGAGACUUCGAAGUCUAUAAAACCGCCUUCAGUAACCGAUUCCGAUUCCACGGCCGUAGCGAGCGGACGACGAUCCCCGUCGGCCUCAUCAACGACGUCGUCCCUCUCCGGCGACCACGCCCAACCUACUACUACUACUACCUCGACAUCCUCCCUUCCCCUCGUGCGCAUCCACUCGGAAUGCUACACGGGCGAAACCGUCUGGUCCGCGCGCUGCGACUGCGGCGAACAACUCGACGAAGCCGCGCGCCUCAUGGCGGACCCCACGCUCUCCCCGUCGGGCGGCUGCAUCAUCUACCUGCGCCAGGAAGGCCGGGGCAUCGGCCUGGGCGAGAAGCUGAAAGCGUACAAUCUCCAGGACAUGGGCCACGACACGUACGAGGCCAACAUCAUGCUGCGGCACCCCGCGGACGCGAGGAGCUAUGGCUUGGCGACGGCCAUGUUGAUGGAUCUGGGGUUGGGCGGCGAGAGGGGGAUCCGGCUUUUGACGAACAAUCCCGAUAAGGUGAGGGCGGUCGAGGGGCCCGGGAGGGAGGUCGUGGUGAGGGAGAGGGUGGCUAUGGUGCCUUUGGCGUGGAGGACCAAGGGGAGGAUGGGCGUCAGGGGAGAGGAGGUGGAGAGGUAUUUGAGUACCAAGAUUGAGAAGUUUAAGCAUAUGUUGAGCUUGGAUUCGAGGUAG